AAAAAAUGGAACCAGCCACUUAUUCUGGCAACCCAUCUGUUAACUAUCAUAUUUCCUCUCAUAACAAACAACCUGAUAUUUGCCAAGAGAAAUUACAUGAAGAACACGAACAAAAGAAACUAUCAAGAAAUGAUAAUGUUGUUACGAUAGGAAAUAUUGGAAUUAUUAGCAAACAACUCCAACAACAAGAAGAUUCUACUUUAUGCGCAGAAGAGAAGAAUUGUAUGAAGAACACUUUAUGGAGACGUAUGGGUCCAUCAGUUGGUCGUGUUGGGAAAGGAAACAAUCUUGUCUCUCCAAAAACUUUAAAAUGUUCUGUCUAUCAAAAAAAAGAUAUAGAUUCUGAGAAAAAUCCUAAGAUCAACCCAUCAUAUAUCAACCGUAUAGUUCAUAAACGUAGAAAACUUCGACAAAUAAGACAUGUCGAUAAUAAUUCAUUUUUAAACCAUAUUAGACGUCUACCGAGACAGAAUACGACCGAUCCAUAUGAAGUCCAAUUUUUUCAUGGUUCCAAUUUCUACUGAAAGUGAUUACGUUCGCUUUCGUUACUUCGUUUAUUCAAAUAAUUUCGAAAUCGUUAUUUCUAAUUUAUGAAUUUCAUUAUAUGACAAAAUCGAAUUUUAUGACGAAAUAUUUCAUUGACAAUCUCGGAGUUAAUGAAUUUACCGAUUUUCCAUUUUUAAAAAUUAGUCGUACAACAUAAUAAUGUAUAAAUAAAUAAUAUGAAUUUUUAUUAUGUUAUUAAUUAAGCAAGCAAAUCU